GUUCUUUUUCUCUUCUUCAUUGUUCUUUGAGAUCUUACAUUCACGGACAUCGGAAAUGGAGGAAAGCUGCCGGAGUGACUCGCCACUGUCGUCGGAGAGUUGCAUAGACGUGUUGACUCGAUCGAACUCUGGGGAGUCUUCUUCUCUGAUAAUUGAGAAUUUCAAACAUGAUUUGGUUCAGGCUGGAAAUGUAACCACGGAUGAGUGCAUGGGAUGGACAAAUGAGAAGCACAACACAUUUCUUGAUUGUCUUGAAACAUCAUUUGUUAAGCAGUUGCACAGAUCAAUGGUCUUGCGUGCUGGCUGUGUGGAACUGAACAGGAGUUCCAGAAAUUUGUCUAAAAAGCUGUUCAACAAUGAUAUAGCUAAUAAGCAGUUCACUGCUUGGCAAGAUGGAUGUUGGAAGAUCAAUAUUGAGAGUGACCAACCUGAGCUAUUGGUCGGGCAGGGUGAUGAGUACCAUCACGUUGUGGAUCUCCAAUUAUGUUCUAGACUCUUUACUGAGGAAAAGCAAAGAAGAGAUAAGAGUACUUCAUCUCAUGGACUCGAAGAAAGAUCGAAUCUGCCCCUUCCCAUCCCUGCAGAACUUCAUAAAACAGUUAGCAGAAUUGCUGAAGGUUCAGGUCAGAAUUUUGUGGAUGAAGAUUUCGAAGAAAACUCGAGGAGCAAAAAGCUGAAGACAGCCAUGACAGAUACUGCAGACAAUGAGCAAAUUGUUCCAACCGGAAAAUUUAGAGUCCAGGAAUUGCUAACGCCAUGUUCCCACAGAAAGGAAUAAGUAAAUCAACCACAACCUUGUCCCAAGGUGAUGUGAAGUCUUUUUUUGAACGGCAGAUAAGGUGUAGUGCAAUGCCGGAGAAACAAUGCUUUACAAACACAAGCUGGUGCCUGUUUAAUGAAACGACAUUUGACAAGUUUGAAGGUGCUAAUUACAAAAGAUGAGUUUUGUUUUUCUGUAGAAAAAUGGGCCAGUUUUUAGCUAAUACAGUAGGGACUAGGAAAAGAAGCUAAAUCACAUCUGCAUAGAGUUUUUCUCCAUUGCAUUAAAUUUGUAAAUGACAUUUAGAGAAAGAUGUUAGGAUAUAAAGUUUGUGAA